GUUUUGUGCUGAACGCGCACGCAGCUUUCGGUCUAGUAAUAUAUUAUAAGGUCUUUGGUAUAUACCCAUACCGUUUUUUUUUUUUACCAAAGAUACUAAUAGCGCGCGCUAUUCUAGCGCGCGUAAUCCAAAACUUUAACUCAACAAAAACGUGAAAGUUCCAAUUGCAUAUGUGCAAGGCACAACACGUAACUGGGCAAUUUGCUGAUAGGAACAGGAUCGAAGAAAUCAGUGAGAACACGGGAGCUCUUUUGAGGUUAGAUGUUUCGGCCCGGACUUGAAUUCAAUUCAGGGUAGGAAUCUCUCUUGAUUCAGCUUCCCUCGGCGCCGCAGGCCCGCCCAUCUCCAGGCAAAAGGGGCAAAAGAACCGGGCGAGAUCGAGACGAGAGCGCCUCUGAGACUGAGGUGAGGUCCCUGUCGGCUUGUCGCUGUCUUGGGCUUGGCCCCAUGCCCGGGGCCCCAAAUAUGCACGGCCAGCCAGCUAGCAGAGCCUGAGGACGUCGACAGACAUCGGCCGAAGCUAACUGCUUCUCCGGCCACUAACUUUAGGUAGCUAGUAGUAGUAUCUGAGCUACAGAGACUGCUGAGCUGAGGGCUGCCUUUCAUCAUUUCAAUCUAUUCCGUAUUCGAAGAUGGCGAGUAAUGUACCCAGUGCUAAUGCUAGAAGUAGAAGCAAGAGAAUGAGGCGUCCCAAGAUGUCGCCAGACUUUGUUUAUGAAUCGCCUGUUGCUGCAAAAAGGAGAAGAAAACUUCUGUCAGCUCAAGAAACUAUGAAAAAUCCCACUCGCUCCAAUGAAGAAAAGAAGACAGGAUUCAAAGAUCUUCCAGCUGAAAUAAUUGUUCAGGUCUUGAAAUACUUACCUCUCAAAGGGCUGGUCGUAGCUAGUGGUGUGUGCAAGAAAUGGAGAAUACUCUGCAAAGACUCAUCACUGUGGAGAUGUGUAUCAUUUAAAGGAAGUAAAGUUGAAAGAUUACGACCAAAGUUCUGGAAGAGACUUGAAAAAUUUGGUACAACGUGCUUGGAUCUUCAUGACUGUCUUGGUUCUGAUAUUUCAUAUCUUAAUACAAUCAAUGCCAUUGUAAGGCUGACCAAUGUCACAGCACUCUACAUAGACAACAUUGAAAAAGGAGACCUUGAUAGAGUUGUGGAGAAGAUGCCUCAACUCAAGAUUCUCCAUGUCAUAUGCCUUCUACCACCAAGAGACAUUAGGGAAAGAGAAGAUUGCUUGGCAGUAUAUGACGUUGGCAAGAUGAAGGUGCUGAGUAAUCUAGAGGAAUUGAUGAUGAAUUCCUUCUAUGGCUUUCAAGUACCUUUCUUUGCAUUAUCUGGAGGAUUUGAUGCAUUAAGUGCUCUCACAAGUCUGAAGAAAUUGGUACUGACUAACUGCCAUGGGUUAGAAGAUGAUGAUUUAGAUUUUCUAAAGACCCUGCCAUAUCUGGAACAUUUGGAGCUUGGAACUUGCACAGGCCUUUCAUUUUGUCCUGAACGCUCUUCAUUGACUCAAGUAAGGAACCUCCGGUUUCUCAGUCUAACAAAUGCUCAUUGUGUAUGUCCAGGAAUUCCAUGUGAAUGCAUCGGGCCCUAUCUGAGAGGGUUAAAAAAGUUGAGGAAGCUUUCCCUAAUAAUGUGUCAUACACCCAAUGAUUUUGCUGAGUCACUUCGGGAAUUACCUGAAUUAAAGAGCUUGGAGGUCUGGCCUUGUAUUGACAUGUUCUUGGUUCCUGUUGGUGAAGGCAAUUAUGAAGAGAAGUUCAUUGAUUGUUAUAGCACCAUCUUUCGUGGCUUAGAUCACCUACCGUCUGUCACUGUUGGUAUUCUGGAUGAAGACUGUGAGAUUAUGUACUGUCCUUUCUACCACAUGUUCGCUGCAAGGAACGGUAAUCAAACAUGUUUGGCAGGAUUCCCCCCUUAUCAGGACAGCCCAGUGAAUAUAGAAGACAUAACAGAUGAUAACUUUCAAGAUAUACUCAGGGCAAAGGAAGAAAGAAUGUCGAUAAGAACUUCAACGUAUAAUAAGGUGAAACAGAGAUUAAUUGACAUUUUGCCCACAUCUCGAUUGACAUUUUAUCAGGUUAAGCUGACUUUUGCCGGAUAUAAUGAGAGACAGGACAUAUUCUACACCCCAAGAAUUGAGGGGCAUUUUAAUAUGCCAGUACUCUCUGAGGUGUGACAUACAUCACAUACCGGCACAAUGAUAAAUCACUCUGAUUUGACAAUUCAAUGACUCAGGAUUUGUUUCUUCAAGUAUCACCUUGACCUUGUAUUGUAAUAUUUUACAAAGCAGCUGAUUUUACAAUGCCAAAUUCCAGUUGUGUGCCAGCUGAAAAGAGUCCAUAAUGGUGAUUUUUCUCUGAUCGCACAACAUUGUAUGCUGUUCUUGCUACUUUAUAGUUUAAUAGAGCUAUGGUAGAGCAUUAUUCUAUUGACACAAUAUUAACGAUGCAUUCGAAUUAAGGGGUCGGGGUGCAUUAAAGUUGUGCCAUUGAUUGCAAUAAGAGGAUGAAGUGUGACUUUUCUCUAUUUUCUGCCAAGUACCAAGCAAAUAUAUUCUGGUAAAAGAGUUGUUUUAUUUUUAGGUUAUGUAAGCUACAUUCUUAGAAUGUUGGAUUCCAUGACAAUGCUCUAAUAACAUUUACACCCAUGGAUAAAGUUACUGUGCAGUAUAAAGGAAAACAGUGAUCGAUUUGCCGUUUGGAAAGUCAAAGAAAAAAAGGUGUAUUUACUAAUCAGAGAUUUUAGUUUUUUUUAUGAUGAAGAUAUGGUCAUUUCUUCGAUGCAAAAUAUAAUUUCAUAGUUUCUUUUUUAAAAAUCAAGAUAUUUGUUAAAAUUUGUCAUUUUGCUAUCUCAGAGAACUGGCAGUUCUACGAUACAGGUUUAAAUAUCCUAUAAUCUUUCCAAUAGAUACAUUUUUCACAAUAAAUUCACCAUGUGAAAUGUUUGACCACGCCACUCAAGUCACAUGCUAGUUUUGAGACCAAAUUUGCAACGCACGGGUGUGCGGUGACAAAAUUAUGCAACAUUAUGUAGUUGCUCAAAAAGUGAGUUCUGGCUAUGAGAUGGGUCCAAAUAACCAGGCUAUAUUAGGGAUAAAGGUAAAGAUUAUUUCCAAAUGUGUCUUACAUUUGAUAGAAAUUGAUUUUUUUUUUAAUCUGAUGAAGCGUACAUAAAUCAUUUCUUGACAUUGAGGUGACACUUUCUCCCAAUUUCCCUCUCUGUUCUUCCUUCCUGGUCUUGGGCUUUUCCAAAAAUUAUUUUGUAGACAUUUUAUUUUGGCUGCUAUGAAUAAACCAUUUGUAUUUCACACCUUGUUUUAACAUGAAUGAUACGUUUUGUAAAAUGAUGUUCAAAUUUACCUAAUUAUACUGAGGUAAAAACAACAAAUAUAACUUACAAAGAAUAUGCCACUGGUCUUACCAUAUUAUAACCCCCAUCUUGGGGAGGGGUUGUUUUUUUAAAUGUAUGACAUUCAGUAAAAAAAAAUACCACUAGAUUUGCAAAGAGAAAAUAGCAAUACCAUUUUGAAUACGAUGUACCAAGUCAAGUCGGCUUCUAAGCCAAAAGUACUCAUUAGUCAUUAUAGCUAUAUUUUGCCCUCUCUUGGGAAAUUACUUGUAACAUACUAUUGAAAAAAAAACUUCCGAAGUAAUAAUUUUCCAGUCAUAAGGUAUAGUAAGAAUUUUGACAAAUAAAAUUUCAAUGGGACUGACAAAUGGGAAAAUGUGUUUUUCCAUAUGAUCUGUAACUGAAUGCUCGAGAAAUAUGUACCCCUGCUUAUUUA